AUGCAGACUGAGGAACUGGGUCUUCUGCCUGAGUCAGAAAAAGGAAACCCCCCAACCUGCAUCCUGUUGGAGCCCCAUCUCCUGCCACCAUCUCCCCCCAUGGAGGUCUUCAACUUCAACUCCUCCAUCCUUGACAUCCAAAAGCUGUCAAAUAGCAGCGUUGAGCAAUCCCGUGGAAAUACAGUGUACGAGCGGUGUAAGGACAUGCCUGCUGCCCUGAUCUUUUAUGUGACCCUGCAGUUGAUCAACAUGUUCCUGGGGGUCCCUGCUAACCUAAUGGUGCUGUGGCUCCUGCACAAGAACAAGGGGGACUCCUCCACCUCCGACAUCUUCAUCCUCCACCUGGCCAUCCUGGAUACCUUCUUCUGCCUCCUCCCACCCCUGGAGCUGGCCAACAUCUUCUACCCUGCCGUCAGGGGCACCUGGUAUGUACUACGCUUCUCCUACGCGGUGAAAGACUGUUCUCUGCUCUUCCUCUCCUGCAUCUGUCUGGACCGCUACAUGGCCGUCCUGCACCCCAUCACCUUCACCGAGCUGAAGGACCGAAGCCACCGCACAGUGUGCGUUGCUGUGGUGUGGCUGGUCACACUGGCCUACGCGGCAGCCAAGUCUGUCGGCAAAAUCCCCAACAUCGAGAAGGCCUUCACUGUCAUGAUCCUGACAUCUUUUACCAUCAUGCUGAUCUGCAAUGUGGCCAUCCUGAGAGCUCUUCGCCAGUCAGGGCCCGGCCGUGAUGAGAUGCACCCCGUCAAGAAGAGGGCCUUCAAGAUGGUGCUCAUCAUCCUGGCCCUCAUCGUCUUCAACUACUUCCCACCUGUAGCGCUUGUCCCCUUUCAGGACCAGUUCUCCCGCGGUGUGUACUACUGCUACAUUACCUAUGUGGCCUUUGGCUUCAUGGACAUCAGCAGCAGCAUUCAGCCUGUUCUCUACCUCUCCCGGGAGAAGAUUCCCCAGGUCCUUAGUUGCUGUCGUAAGGAUGGAGGCUCAGGAGACUCCACUGAUCCCAGCUGA